UCCUCCUCUCUCUCUCCCCCACCUGCCUCAGCCCCCCCUAAAACAGCCAGAAUUUAUCUGCAAUAAUUAAAAUCCUUGACUGGAAUUACCUUACUCGGAUUUCGGUCGGUUUCCGUCUCGUCAGUGGUCCGCAUUAUGGUAUCUUUUCUUAUCCUUGCAUGUGCAAGACAUGCAAAAGAAGGGAUUGCAAUCCUUCCAUCCAUUCGCUUCUGCUUCGAACAAGUUUCGUCGGAUAAGACGAGAGAGGGAAUCGACUAAUCGGCAUAGUCAAUUAUAGUCUGCCAAGAGAGAUCUCAGACUGGCAAUACUUUAUUCACCUGUCCUCCCUCAGAGGGUCCUUCUGAAUUGCGACAGAUAACCUUGUCUACACAGUUCUUCAGGACAUGAUCACCGUUGGUUUUAAAUCAGCUAAUCUCCCCAUUUUACAGUCCCCACCAUUACCUACGCUAGGCUAGAUCCCCAGGCACCUCAUUUCACCUUGAAGCAUGCAUCCCACCGAAGAGAAAGAGCACAGACAACUGGGUAGCAAUCAAUGUUUCCCGCCACCCUCCUCACAGCCUACAGCUGACGGGGACUUCCGGUGCGGAAUCUGCAACAAGACAUACAGUCGACGCGAUUUGCGGGAUAGGCACCGUCGCCGAUGCAUCAAGAACAUUGGUCAGGAACGUCAGUCGAAGCGGAAGUCUUGUGAUGCCUGUGCUCAGAAGAAGCUGCGUUGCUCUAUGACUCGACCUUCCUGCAGCCGGUGCCUACAAAGUCGAAGGCCCUGCGUUUAUCCAGCAUCCUGCGUUCCUGUAACAGCAUCCGAGUCUGUCAUGCCUCAGGAAACCCCUGACCAGGCCACCACUUCACCCCUCGCCUCUCUCUAUAUUCCGCUGACUCUGGCUUCUGGAAAUGGGCCGUGGGCGCUGUCAGCACCACCUCUGGAAACCUCAUCUAAUCCCGAUGACACUUCGAGGUCUCCUUGGAGUCCCGCCACUUCUACCAAUGUGGAUUUGUUGACUCACGGCCACGGUGACAGCUCCGUAUUUCCGACGCAAAAUCACUGGCCCUACGAAUCACCUGCUGGCUCUGAUUAUGUAUCUGCGCAGCCUGACGCCUAUCAAUUGAAUGACCACCUGCCUGGCCUCAUCGAUGACUAUUUUGGUCACCAAUCACAGUUGCAAUAUCAUUCGCAGCAUGGAACUACCGCAUCAUCACCUGCGGCCAUGAUGCCGCCGACGCCAGCAACAUUUUCGAGCGAAACGUAUUCGCUGAACAAUGGGUUCACGAUGGCGUCACUUUCUUCUGCCUAUACGGAAUAUGCUUGGAGCGAGGGAUUCUCGACUUAUGAUGAGGAUGAGAUCUUGCCUUUAACUGCAUAUCCCGAGACAGCGUCUGAAAAUCUUCUUGGCCAGGGGUUUAUGUCCAAAGGGAGCAAUUCCUCCGGUAGUUGUGCCGAUGAUGUGAUACAGGACAUGGUCAGCCUGCUGAGAGAGUAUCCUGGGGUUGCACUGCAGCAGAAGCUGAUCUCCCCGUUUUUACAUCCCGAGUUGCAUGCUGAAGCCAUGCAAACGCUGAAAGAGCCUCCCGAAAAUACGCUGGCUAUUCUGUCAGCUUAUGUCACCUGUGCGGAAUCUUACGAGAGGGCUCACGGUGGCGCCGGCGAUUUCGACCAUUUCCGCCGUGGGAUGGAGAGCUGCAUUACUCCCCUCCACACCCUCUGCAUCUACCAGAUACUCGAUUUGGUUGACGAUACCUGUCUAUCCAAUCUGGCUAGUGCAAGGCAGGGCCCUGAUCCGUCCAACCACGGAGCAGGGGUGGUUGCAGCAAUCCCAGUUCUUCAAUCCAUUAGCAAGCUGGUCCAACGCCUAUGCAUUGUUUACGGGGGUCUUCUCCAGACCUCUCACGAAGAAGAAUCCAACUGGACGCGCUGGAAAUUCAGCGAGUCCCUGCGCCGAAACAUCUAUUUCGUGCACAUCAUCCACACGCUGGCGACCCGGACACAUCAUCUUCAUGGUCAUUCUUCUUCGACCGGGGGAGUGGUCUACUCUUACCCCCUCUUCCAAGCUGAAACACUACUGCAACUGCCCCUACCGGCUCCGGAAGAGAUGUGGCUGGCGCGCAGCGAAGAGGAGUGGAUGGUCGCACGCGCGCAAUCCCUGCGGCCCUGGACGGGGAACCUCCUGAGCGGCGCUAUGCCUCCCCAUCCGCGUACGCUGCAGCAGUGGUUGAUCCUGGACGAGAUGGGCAGUAGUGGCAGUAUGUCAUCGUCGCCGUCCAUCACCCGGAUGAUCCUAGCCUGCAUCAGGGUCAACAACGACUUGGCGGCGGCGGCAUGAGCCGGAAGGAUCCCGAGGGCCCUGUCUUUUCCAGUUUUUUAUUUUUUUUCUCAUCUUUGGAAACUGGUUCCCUCUUUCCCUAUAUCUACUAGGCGCUAUACUAUAUCCGGGCGCAAUGACUUCUUUAUUUCAUUUUUUGCUGUUUUCUUUUUGCUUUUCGGGAUUUUGUUCGGCGUCUGGCUUUGCGACGAAUUGACACCCAGCGGGGCCGCGGGGAGGAAGACCGGGAGUGGGGGGAAUAGGAAAGUGGACUAGAGAGAAUGAGUAGUUAUGAGUAGAAAGGCGAGGGGGGUACCAUGCACCCAUGCAACCCAUGCACCAUGAAAUCAACUUUCAAGCCCCGGCCAUCCCCCCAGCCUAUAGAUUUCUUUUCUCGAGGCUAGCUAGCUAGAAACCAAUAGAUUAGAU